AUGAAUAACGAAGGCACACCUGCCACAACCAUAGCACCCACAUUAGAUUUACAAGCACUGCUUGCUACCAUGCCAGAUUUCUCUAAAAUGUCAUCAUUCUCUAAUAUGCCAAAGAGUAACUCGAGCGCGGAUAUUCCGACGUCGCAGCAGCAGCAGUCGUUGUUGUUUCCGUCAAUUCCAAGCGAUCAGCUUGCUGCCCUUUCUCUGGGCAUAUUCCCACUUCAUGGAUUUCCUAUGUUCCCCCUACUGCCAAUGACUCCCAUGACAUCCACACUUCCUCCUCAUUCCACAAUUGAAAGCCUGGGAUUGAUGACAAGCAAUAAUUUACGUCAAACCACAUCAACAGCAAUGGGUCCCCCAGCGCUCGAUUCACGACCGAGAGCAUUCUCAAGCGCUGCUGCACUCCAGCGACCUAAGGCCUGCAGUCACCACCUGACUAAAGGCGGCAAACGCGUCACGAAAAAGCACAGGAGGAACAGUCAAGUGUAUUGA